AUGUCUUUGCUUUCAUGGCUCCUGUGGUUCGUGCCACUUGCAACCUCGUUUCCUGCCCAUCAGGAAGCGUCGUUGAAAUCACGCAACCCGGGCUACCAGCCUGGAGAGCUGCUUUUUGCUUGCCCCGCGGCAUCAUGGCCGUACGCAAAUGUCGGCACGCUGAUUCAACCUCAAAUACCGGACGGUGAACUGCAAUCCAUUCUUUCGCAGGUGUCACCGGCGAAUAUAGAAGCAACAAUCUUGAAGCUGGUGUCAUUCGGCACAAGGCACACGCUGUCGUCUCAGACUGACCCGAAACGUGGCAUUGGGGCGGCAAGAGAUUGGCUGGCCUCUCAAUUUCGCGAAGUCGCAGCUGCCAGCGAUGGCCAGAUGACCGUAGAGGUCAUCGGCUACGAGCAACAGGCGGACGGGGACCGCGUGCUAUUUCCGGUCAACAUCAGCGACGUCGUUGCCACGCUCAAGGGAACGGCAGAUCCAGAUCGGGUGUACGUCGUCAGUGGGCAUUAUGACUCCAGAUGCACAGACCCGAAUGACUAUACCAAUGACGCGCCAGGAGCUGACGACGACGGCUCCGGGGUGGCGAUUUCGUUGGAGCUCGCCCGCAUCAUGGCAACCCGGAAGCCUAAAGCAACCAUAGUCUUCGCAGCAGUCGCGGGCGAAGAGCAAAAUCUCUAUGGCUCAACAUACUUAGCCCAGACGUACAAGAAUAACAGCGUCAAUGUUGCUGGGAUGUUCACGAAUGAUAUUGUCGGUUCACCAAUCGGGCAAGACGGCACCAAGGAUCCGUAUACCAUCCGCCUCUUUGCGCAAGGCCCACCAAGCACGGAAAAUAAGACGCAGUCGGCGACGAGGCUUACAGUAGGCGGUGAAAAUGACUCCCCUGCUAGAGAACUUGGUCGAUUUGUACACGAAGUUGCUUCGAACACGUACACCGAAAUGAACAUAAGCGUGAUCUAUCGUCUGGACCGCUACCUGCGUGGAGGCGACCACCGGCCGUUUCUUGAGGCCGGCUAUGCUGCAUGUCGCUUCACAGAACCAAUCGAAGACUUCAGACACCAGCACCAGGAUGUGCGGGUCGUUGAGGGUGUGCAGUACGGAGACCUACCCGAAUUCUGCGACUAUGAUUUCAUCUCUCGGGUCGCAAAAGUCAAUGGAGCGGCGCUCUGGAGUUUGGCAAAUGCACCGGGACAACCCACGGACGUCUUCGUCAACACCACGGCGUUGAGUAACGAUAGUCAGUUCGUUUGGGCACCACCGAUUGGCGGCGGUACAGGUGUGGUAGGCUAUGAAGUGGUCUGGAGACCCACGAACGCUCCUUUCUGGACACAUUUUCUGCCUGUCGGCAAUGUUCUCACUGCCACAGUUAAGUUGAGCAAAGACAACGUGGUCUUUGGCAUCAGAAGCGUUGCUGCAAACGGUUAUCGGAGUCCUGCAGUCUUUCCAUUCCCACUCCCGACUAAUUGA